AUGGACAAAAGGAACGAGUGCGUUUCCGAUUCUGAACUCGACAAUUUUGAAGACGACGGUGAGGACUACCCGAUUCCAAGGCCGAGACGGAGCAAGUCUGUUGAUUUUUCACCCAUCGUUCGAGUUGAAGAAGUCUCACGUUAUAAACAACGAGCCUCCAAAUGCAAAUAUGGAAAUAUGUCGGAAAUUCAAAAGCUCGCCAUCCGGCUGGAACUGAACGAGUUCAAGCUCAAGGAAAUGAAAGUGCACGAUCAAAGCCGCUCAAAUACCCUCUUCUACGACAUUGGAAAGUACCACACUCGUCUGCGCGAUCAUUUCUCGCCCAAAAAGUCCUUUCUCAAAUAA